UAUGAUCUCGACCAAUUGACUCUUCUGGGGAGAGACAAAGGCUUGCCUGGAGCACCCCGGGCAUUCUUCACAGCAUACAUAUCUGCCCGUCCUUUCUGCACCCUUGACACUGUCCUGCAGAGACCAGGACAUCAUUCUCAAUCAUGUCCUCGACAAUGAGCAGCAUAGCUGCCAGGGCGGCCAAGAAUGAGAAUGCCGCAGGUUCUGCCCAAGGAUCGAAUGGAAUCAGCCUGGUUGCCUUCCUGACUGCCCUGGCGGCCUCGUUGAUUGUCUUCGGCGUCCAGAUGAGCUUCUUCCUGCUCUUGAGGAAUAAGUUGGCGCGAAUCUUCAAACCGAAAACUUACCUCGUACCCGAGCGCGAACGGACUGAUCCUCCGCCGGCCAGCCCCUGGGGUCUCGUCUCCGCCCUGCUCAAGUUCGACGACCGGGAAAUCAUCAAGAAGUGUGGGCUCGACGCCUAUUUCUUCCUAAGAUAUCUUCAGACCCUCCUCAUCAUAUUCAUCCCCAUAGCACUCAUUGUCAUCCCCGUCCUCAUCCCGAUCAAUUACGUGGGCGGCAUUGGCCAAUCCUUCGUCAGCAACAUAACCUCCGGCAGCAAUAUAACCUCCGGCAGCGGCGCAUCAACAAUCAGUGGCUUGGAUACAUUGGCUUGGGGUAACCUUGCCCCCAACCACCAAAAACGGCGCUGGGCCCACCUUAUUCUGGCCCUCGGGGUCAUUAUAUGGGUCUGCUAUGUCUUCUUCGCGGAGCUUAAAGUAUACGUCAAGAUUCGGCAGGACUAUCUCACCAGCGCAGAGCAUCGGUUGCGAGCUUCAGCCAAUACCGUCCUUGUCAGCGAGAUUCCAUCCAAGUGGUAUACCGAGGAUGCAUUGAGAGGGCUGUUUGACGUGUUUCCCGGAGGUAUUAGAAAUAUCUGGCUUACGCGGGAUUUCACGACACUGCUCAGCAAGAUUCACAAGCGCGACGCCAUCCACAAGAAACUGGAAUCUGCUGAAAGCGACUUGAUCCGUGCCGCGAAGAAGAAGCAGCUAAAGGUUAGGGCUGCCGAGGAGAAAAAGGCCCGAAGGAAGCACCGGAGCGGGGCGCUGAGCAAGGCCGAGAAGGCCGAGAGAGACCGACAAGAGGACGAAGAGGCGAGACGACAGGCGGAGAGCCAGGGGGGCCUGAACGCCGGGGAUCAUGAACAGGUGCCCCACAACGUAUCGACCACGGUCGACGACAUGGAGGGAACGGACAUUGGGCUUGACGGAGAGCAGACCGGCUUUACCUCCAGAGUUCCCAUCUUCGGGGAAGGUCUGUCCAAAGUUGGAUUCGGCCUCAAGAAAGGUGUGGCCGCUGUGGGGGGAGCCGGCCAAGGGAUUAUGGGGGGAGCGAAGGCCCUCCAAAGGGGGGUGGACGGCGAGUUGGAAAGGACCGGCGGCUUCGACUUCAUCCGGAGUGACAAGGAUCAGCUUCCAUCUGCGCCCCCGACGAGAGGGUCCGAUCGCCCAAUGGCUCGAGUAGUAGAUGAAGAUGAGGAGCCGAAGAUGUCAUUCGCUUCGGAGAGCCCACUUCAUGCUUCUACAAGUCGGCAUGGCUGUUCCAUGUCGGCCGUGUCUCGUGAGUCGGCGCAGCAGCAGAAGCAGGACGUGGACCCUAGAACAUGGGGUAAUACGACCCGGAAGGCUACAAACUUGGACGACAUGUUCGUCACGGAAAAGACAAGGUGGUGGCAGUUCUGGAAGCCCCCAACUGGCGGUUACGCAUCUCCCAUCCCUCAAGGCGCCGAGGGGGACGAGUACUUCAAGGAAUCUGACAUCGGAAAGAAAUCCUUUUGGGAGAAAACGAAGUCGGUCAUCCCUUUCCUAGGCGGUAAGGAGGUGGAAGCCAUAAGCUAUCCCGAUGCUUUCUCGGGCGACAGCGAGCAUCCCAAAGAAGAGGGUGCUGAGUGGUCGAAAUGGGUCAAAGAAUCCGAUCGACCACGCCACAGGUUGCCAUUGUUUGACUGGACUCCGGGCUGGCUUCCCGGCUUGCCGCUGGUCAACAAGAAGGUCGACACCAUUUAUUGGUGCCGAGCCGAACUUGCCAGGCUGAACGUGGAAAUCGAGGAAGAUCAACGGCAUCCCCAUCGGUAUCCAGCAAUGAACUCAGCGUUUAUUCAGUUCAACAACCAGGUCGCCGCCCACAUGGCUUGCCAGUCGGUGACUCACCAUGUUCCGAAGAACAUGGCGCCUCGGAUGGUCGAGAUCUCGCCGAACGACGUCAUUUGGGAUAACAUGGCAAUCAAAUGGUGGGAUCAGUGGGCGAGGAAGGGCAUCGUGCUGGCCAUCGUCUGCGGCAUGAUCAUACUCUGGGCCAUCCCCGUCGCCUGGACCGCGUCCCUCUCUAACAUAGACGCGCUGAUUCGGGAAUAUUCGUGGCUGGGCUUCCUCAAGACCAAUGACGCCGUGUUCAACGCCGUUAAGGCCAUUGCUGGCGUCUUACCUGCCAUUGUGCUGGCGAUCCUGUUGUCGCUUGCUCCUCUCCUACUCGACCUCCUAGCCGGGUUCCAGGGAGCCAAGACCGGCUCGGAGAAGUCCGAGGUUGUCCAGAUUUACUACUUCGGCUUCCUCUUCGUCCAGGUCUUCCUGGUCGUCUCCAUCACGGGCAGCACGUUGCAGACCCUCACAAGCGUCGGGAGCGACAUCACGAGCACCCCUAAUCUCCUGGCCAAGAAUCUACCCAAGGCAGCCAACUACUUCUUCUCCUACAUGAUCCUACAGGCCCUGUCAACCAGCUCCGGAACCCUGCUGCAAAUCGGCACCCUCGCCGUCUGGUAUAUCCUGGCAAGGAUCCUGGACAACACGGCAAGAAGCAAGUGGAGAAGGAAUACGGAACUGCCCACGGUCAAAUGGGGCUCGUUCUUCCCCGUCUACACGAACUUUGCCUGCAUUGCCCUCAUCUACUCGGUCAUUGCUCCGCUGAUUUCCAUCUUUGCCAUCAUCACGUUCAGCCUCUUGUGGGUUGCCAAUCGCUACAACAUGCUCUAUGUGACCCGAUUCCGGACCGAUACUGGCGGCGUGCUCUACCCGCGGGCGAUAAACCAGACGUUCACAGGGCUCUACGUCAUGGAGCUCUGCCUCAUCGGCCUUUUCUUCCUGGUCAGGGACGAGUCGGGUAACAGCGUCGCCUUCCCGCAAGCAAUCAUCAUGGUCGUGGCCCUGGUUCUGACUGCCCUGUAUCAAUACCUCCUGAACGCGUCUUUUGGGGCCCUGCUCCGGUACCUGCCGAUCACCUUCGAGGACGAGGCCGUGCUGCGCGACCAGGCGUUCCAGCUUGCGCAAGAUCGGCGCCUCGGGCUCGCUCCGGAGGACGACGAAGCCGCCACGCUCAACAAUAAUUUUGAUAAUAACUCCCUCAAUGACGAAAGUAACGACAUUGAGUUGCGCAAGAUCGACCAGCAAAAACGCAGCAACACCAGCGGUACGUCGAAGCUGGGCAAGAUGAACCCUGUCCGGGGAAUCGUCCACGCCGGGACGUGGGCCGCCCGGGGGGGGAGACACAUCCAGCAGCGAACCUUUGGCAAGGCCGAGGAGAACCUCAAGACGGCGGCGGUGUAUCGCCGGCAGCAGCGGCAGAAGGACCUGGAGGCGCAGCGAGCCAUAGGCGACGCCCUGUACGGCGGGUACCACGAUGAAAUCGAGGACCUGACGCCCGAGGAGCGCGACGCGCUGGUGCGCAAGGCCUUCCAGCACUACGCGCUGCGGGCGCGGCGUCCGACCGUCUGGAUCCCGCGCGACGACAUGGGCGUCAGCGACGACGAGAUCCGGCGGACGACCGACUUCAGCGAGCACAUCUGGAUCAGCAACGAGGGCACGGCGCUGGAUACCAAGGUCCGGGUGCUGUACGGCAGGAACCCCCCCGACUUCUCGGAAGUGGACCUCAUUAACUUGUAGAAGAACUUUACGACUGCCCAGCGUUUUCCAUAUAUUUAGAUUAGCAUCACAUCGGCUGCAUUCUUUCCCUCUCUUUUUGCAUUUGGCUUUUUGAUCCUUUUCUAGGCAGAGACCUCAUGCCACCUGCAUCAGCAGCAUUUCUUGGUGGCAGUAUUUGCAUGGAGAAGAAUACCCCGGAGUACUAUUUAUUUUUACCCAUUUAUUCCACAAUUGUUUUCCUGUCCCAUCAUGACAUAUCGGGUGAUAUAUAUGUGUGUGUGUGCGCGCGCGUGUGUGUAUGUGUGUGUGCGUGUAAUCUAUCACUCGUAUACAAUGACUGGUUACCGUCUACCACGAUACCCCCACAAUUGAUGUAAGACGAGCCCUGCGUAUAUCACAGCUGUUUGCAUGCACGUCAUGUAGUACUGUAGCCGGCCAGCUGAGUAACCAGGUGAUCUUCACGACGAAAUCGUUAAU